CAAAAUUUACGUUGCCAUCAUAAACAACUGCCAUGGCUGACGGGGGAGGAGGGUCGGGAAUUCCGACUUCUCGUCUAAAUAACAAGAAAUCUUUUGAACAUAAAAUGUCCAAGAAGGUUGCAGAGCUCACACAAGUUGUACAUAUGUUGUUUUCUCGCAAUCACGAGAGAGAAGUGGAGUUGGAAUCGACAAAAGAAGCCUAUGAGCAAGAGAUUUCCAACGUUAUCGCGGACGCGAAGAAACGGAUCGAAGCGCUUGAACAGGACUUCGCAGGAGCGAAAAGAAAGACACAAACACAAGCCGCGGCCGUUCAGCAGGACUUUGAAAGAAAGUUAAAUGAACAAAAGCAAGAGAGCGAGAAACAGUUCCUUGAAAUUUGGGAGAAAGAUGGGACAUAUUUGAAAGAGAUUGCAAGUCUCAAAGAAGAUAUUGUCAAGUUGCAAAAGGAAUUGGAGAUCAGCAAAGAGGAGGCCGUGAAGGCAAAGUUAAUGACCAAAAUGGAUCAAUCUAAUAAAAAAUGCAAUGAUCAAUCCUCGUCAUCGAGAGAGUCUUCAUCAGGAGUUGAUGUUGUUGACCUUGAAGUAACUUCUCCCAGAACCAAUGGAUCACCCGAUCCUGCAGACCUUAUUCGGCUCAAAGAACAAUUGAAGGUCAAGGAAAUAGAAAAUGAAAACUUGAAACACAUGGUGGCAAUGAAUGUUCAAACACAAAGAGAAAGUGACAAGGCAAUUGCCCAGUUUAAAAAGGAUUUAGAAAAGACUGAAGGAGAGCUGAGGUUAAGAAUUUCAAAACUUAUCGAUGAUGCAACUCAAGCAAAUAAAGCCAAGGAGAUGGCACAGAAGAAGAGUAAAUUGCUGGAAACGGACAUCAGACAUCUCAAAACCAGAUUACAGGAGAAAAAGAAGGAAGCAUCAUCUAAUCAUGAACAUAAACAAAGGCGGAGCAGUGAAGCAACCUCAACUAGACCUGGUUCAAGAUCAUCUAAAAGCCUCUCUGAAGUUUCUUUAAGUGAUUCUCAAGAAGAGAUUGAAAGGCUGCGGAAGGAGAUCAAAUGGUACCGUAUGGAACUUAGUAACAGGGAAGGAAAUUUCAAUCGCAUGUUUGCAGACUCAAAUCCAAUUCGACUAGGAGGAAUGACAGUAGCAGGACCAAAUCUUGGAAUGGCUAGACCUAGACCUGACCAAUCGGUUCUGUCACCCUCGGGAUCCCUAUCGUCCCGUUCUGAUGAUGGUUCCCACAAAUCCCGGUCACUGCCGAACCGAUUACCGACCCUCGGUAUGGACGGGAGACAGAGGGAUCGUACCAAACCAGGACACAACUCAAAAGGGGCAGGAGUCAUGGGGGCAUCACCAUCAGUCAGGGAGAAGGCUUCGGUCCACAGUAUAAGUGGAUAUAGCUGAUUGAAAAUUGAAGUGAAGGCAAAGUUGAUAUUCUUUUUUUGAUCAGGAAAGGGUUUUAAGAAGCUGACAUUUUGUGGAUGAAUUCUCAAUUUUUUUACUUAUAUUGAUUUCUAGCAAAUUUUUUUUCAAGUGAAGUAAACUGAAUGCCUUGUACUUUUGAAAGAUGCAUUUAACAUAUCUUGCUCUCACAAGACUCAUUUUGCCCUUUGCAUGGAGAUAUUAAUAUAGCAAUAUUAAACUAGGUCUGACCUUGGGCCUUGUGAGGUAUCUUUGUUUAGGCCAGUCAACAUAUUACAGUGGAAUAAUACGCAAAAAAUAAAAAUCAGUGUGUGAAUACUUGGCCAGUCAAUUUUGCAAUAUAUUAUUCCCCUAUAUAAUUUUAAUUGAAUUGACACUUAUUCACUAAGAUAUUUCAUAUUGAAAUGAUUAAAAAAAUAUAUGUAUAUCUAUCAUGUAUUUCAAUCAGUCCAUUUGAAAUUUAAAGAACUUAAAAAAAAUAAGUGCACACAAUUUUUUGCUCUCUUCACGCCCACAGGAAGAGUUGCCUUUGAAAGAUCUGGAAAGUAUUCAGGUCUGAUAUUAAGUCUUGCUCUAUGCUGCAUUAUGUAUUUUCAAAAAAUGUACUUCCUGAAAUGGACAUUGAGAGAUGUGGUAAAUGUAUAUUUUAAAAGUGAGAAAAAUAUUUUUAUAGUAUUCUUACAUUAAAACCAUUGACUUUUUAAUAUUGCCAAAGUUUUACAAAACAUGAUUUUCAUGUACAGUACAUACAUUUGGUUUGAAGACAUUUCACAUGAGAUGAGACUUUACCCCCCC